GUAACAGUGAAGGUCGGUGAAGAGAAAGCAAAGACCGGGGGCGACUGGGUGAAAGUCAAGGGAAAUUUAUCGGGAGGGGGUGGCAGACUUGCCAAUAGUGCACGUUUUCUCAUAACGCAAAACGGGCGUAAUAUAAAUCAGGAUUCUAAUUGAACUUCAAUACGCCCAUGUAGGCAUAGCCUACAACUCUAAAAAAAAAAAAAAAAAAGAUGUCGAAACUUUUCGUCCGAGUGAGCUCAGCGUUUGCCUAAUGGUUGUGUUGACUGCAUUAGUUUUAAUUGCGUUAUUUUAAUUUUAAAAUCAUGCGGAUUUUUGGGAGUGCCACGUUCAUUCCAUUCAGAAGAUUUUAUUCUGAAGGAGAGGAGCCUUUAACAUCGAGGAGCACGCCCGAAAUAAGACCACCUCCUGAUGGUGGCUGGGGCUGGGUGAUUGUAUUUUCAUCUUUUCUGUAUAAUGUGCUGGUCUUGGGUUAUCAUAACUCGUUUGGAGUGUACCUUAUCAGUCUCCUCGACACCUUCGGUGAGACGAGCCAGAAAACAGCCUGGGUUGGGUCUAUCAGCUAUGGAAUCAUCAUGAUCUGUGGACCACUAUCAGGGAAGCUGACUGUGAGAUAUGGGGCCAGAGAAAUCUCCAUCAUCGGAUCCAUCAUCAUCAUGAUCUCCAUCAUCUGUUCCUCUUUUGCCCCCACUCUCAACGUCAUGUUCUUGACACAUGGCAUUCUUACAGGAAUCGGAUCAAGCUUUGCAUUCACUCCAGGCAUGAUCAUGAUAAGCCAGUACUUCACAAGCAACCGAGCGCUGGCCACAGGCAUCGUGAUGUCUGGCGGGGCAGCGGGUGCUCUGGUCCAGACCCGCCUCCACCAGUACCUCAUCGACACCCUGGGCUGGAGGAGGAGCCUGAGGGUCUUCUCCACACUCAUGAUACUCCUCAUUAUGGCUGGCUUCACGUACCUGCCCCUCAAUCCAAGAGGUUACAAAAGAAGCGUUGCAGACAAUUUCAAGACAUCACCUCUAAGGAAAUUUAUUCUGGAUCUUGCUCUGUGGAAAGACCGAGUGUUCCUCAUCUGGGUUCUGGCCAACGGGCUGUGUAAAUUUGGCUUUUUCAUCCCCUAUGUGCAUCUGGUGAGGCAUGCGGUGCAGCUGGGCAUCCCGGUGCACAAGGCCACCAACAUCAUGCUGGUGCUGGGCCUCAGCAGCAUGGUCAGCCGCAUCAUCUUCGGCAGGAUCUGCGACUCGGAGAGGAUCAACCGACUCUACUUCAACAUGGGCUCUGUCUUCUCCGUUGGUAUCUUGUACCUGCUGAUCCCCGUGCUGCGGUCAUACGCAGCUCUGCUUGGCUUUGGCCUACUGCUGGGCAUUGCAGAUGCUGGUAACUACAUCCUGCUACCUGUCUUGACCUUUGACCUCAUGGGGGCGGAGCGUAUGCCUGUGGCCUGGGGCUUCAUGCUCACCGUCAACGCCAUCAGCUGCUUCGGACCACCCUUCACAGGCUGGAUGAACGACACCACGGGGAGUUAUGACCUGGGCUUCAUAGUGGCAGGGACCCUGAACGUGGCGGCCUGUGUCGUCCUAGCCUUCAUACCCUGUGCCCAGAGAGCUCGACAGACGCGCAAGAGCAUCAUCAACGUCAGCAUCGGCCAAAACAACGAGAUCAUGGAAUGGAAUGAUGACAUAGUGGGGGACCGUGAUCCGAACUACCUCUCUCGAACCCAGUUUCGUUGUCCGGAGCUGAACGAGUUGGGACCAACUCUAUCAGGUGAUGACAUUGAACUGAAUAUCACAUCAAGCUGAGGACUGAAUACAUCUGCAGUUUGCCUUGGGUAGUCACGUUCCUCCAACUCAUAAAUAGUCUUUACUAUA